CUGAGCAUCCCCGACGGGGCCCGGGCUGCAGGAGCACAGAGCAGCCGGGCCUCGCGGAGCUUAGAGCGCGCCUGACCCGGGGCGCACCGUGGGACCCGGGCGCGGGGCUGGCGAAGAGCUGCCCCGCGGGGCCAGCAGCCGCGGAGUGGCCUACAGGGGCCCUCCCCCGGAGGGGCCGGGCCGGGGCGGGGAGAUGAACGGCUUCAGCACGGAGGAGGACAGCCGCGAAGGGCCCCCUGCCGCCCCCGCCGCCGCCCCGGGCUACGGCCAGAGCUGCUGCCUCAUCGCGGACGGCGAGCGCUGCGUCCGGCCCGCGGGCAACGCCUCCUUCAGCAAGAGGGUGCAGAAGAGCAUCUCGCAGAAGAAACUCAAGCUGGACAUCGACAAGAGCGUAAGGCACCUGUACAUCUGCGACUUCCACAAAAAUUUCAUCCAGAGCGUCCGAAAUAAAAGGAAGAGGAAGACCAGCGAUGAUGGCGGAGACUCCCCUGAGCAUGACACCGACAUUCCUGAGGUCGAUCUGUUCCAGCUGCAGGUGAACACGCUCCGACGCUACAAACGGCACUACAAGCUGCAGACCAGACCAGGCUUCAACAAGGCCCAGCUAGCAGAGACCGUGAGCCGACACUUCAGGAACAUCCCAGUGAACGAGAAAGAGACGCUUGCCUAUUUCAUCUACAUGGUGAAGAGCAACAGGAGCAGACUGGACCAGAAAUCGGAGGGCAGCAAGCAGCUGGAGUGAGACACAGGCGGCCUGGGGAGGUGGAGGCCUUGGCGAGAGGACAGGCGCACGGUGCUCGAUGACAGGUGGUCCCUGCAACAUCUCAGCCCCUCAGGACUGUUCAUAUCCACUGUAAAUAAAGUCUGAAUGAUGGAUGCUGUAAAUCUUUCUGUCAGGAGGAUUAUAUUCUCACAGGUCAGCGUGUGUGCAGAAAGACCUUAAGAUAACUGCUCAGACUGAAACAACAGUAUUAUAAAAGGAAUUUUUAAAACCGGGUCUUGAGUACACAGCAAAGCUUUAAAUCAGUUCUAGAAGUGCUGGGUGAUAUGCAUUUGGCAAUCACCAAGCAGUACCAGGCUGCCGCAGGCAAGGCCCAACCCUGGCAGCAUGGCUCAGUGACAGCGGGAUGACAGAGUAAGCCCAUGUUUAGACUGACCCUUGCCCGCUGGGCAUGCCGCUUUAUUGCAAGUUUUGCCCAUUUAGUAGCAAAUCGGCUCGACACUGGUCCCUCACUUGCCCUGUGACAUGUACACAGUGGACACCCAGUGUGUGUUGGCCAAGAGCUGUCCCAGCCACAUAGCUUCUGCUUCGCUCCUCCUGCCACUGAGACCUGUCAUGGAUGUUGCUCUCUCCUUAACUAGAGGUGGAGGAAACCCUGCCCCUCCGCAAGGAGUUCAGGUAAGCAAGGACCUCUCGGCAGUUGCAAAACGUAUCUGUUGCAAUUCUAGAAGCAACACAAAAAACGUUACAGGCUGGCCAUGGCGGUGCAUGCUUUAAUUCAGAAGACCAAGGCAGAAAGACAGUGAGGUCAAGGGUAACCUGGGCUAAAGACCUGCACACACAAUAGAUAAAUGAUUUUUUAAAAGUCUAAACAAAACCACAUCCUUUCAUGAGGGUCUUCUACGUUUUACGCAGGGUGGCUACCAUGGCCCCUUACACUCCCGGCAGUAAGUGCUCUCACAGACAGAUGGGGUGUCUUGAGCUCAUGUUCCCAGUCUCUCGUUCACAACCUGCAGGAGAGCUGCUGGAGUCCCGGGACUCCUGCUUAGAAGCCCAGCUGUGGGGAGACAGUGUGGCUGGACUUGGCUCCCUGACCUUGCAUGGCAGGAUGUCAUGAGCCUGGACAAGAAAGGUCACUGCUCUUUUAAGUAUUAAUUUCUGUCAUUGUUCAAGUCAGACUCUUCUGUCUACUUCUGUCAGAACUGAAGCACCCUGGGAGAGCAAAGCUUUUGUAUCCAAAGACUUGUGCAGAUUUCCAGUCAGUUUGUGGGGCAAAGGGUACAGGUAGAGGAAUAAGACAAAGAUUCCUAAUUCCCAACCAUCCUGGUCAAUGUCUCAUUCUCCUAUUCCACUGCUUUGAGUUUUUUGUAAGCCCUAACAGGACAGCAGAGGCCUGGCCCGACACUUAAUGUCUCCCAGAUGGCUUCCCCUAAGCGCUGUCUCAGAAAUCAGACCUGACCCUACACUGAGCGAGUGGAGAAUGCGGGAUGCUGUUCCUUCUGUGGAGCAGAACACCAUGCUCCUGUGGAAUGGGGACAGGGCGCCAGUGUCUGUCACUAACAUGCACUGUGUUCCCCUGUAGCCAAACUCCGAGUAGUGUUCAGGAUGCAUGCCACGCAGACCGCUUCCCAGUAGACCAUGUGUAAAGAGGUGUGUGUGGAAUACGAGCGCUGUGCUGUUUGCAAGCGAGGGCUGGUGAGGCACCCCCUGGUGUGGUCAGUCCUCAGACUUCAUGCAGAAGGCUCGCUCUCCCUCCUGCCACAGAAGGAGACAACAGGAGAGCCGCGGAGAAGCUGGUGGCUGUGGGCAGAUGGAACCUUUAGUUUAUCCGGCCCUGUGGGAACGUCAGUGUCUUGUCAAGAAAGAAUAUGUAGCUUUCUGAUACCUAAACCAAAACUGUGGGCAUGUAAGUUCUGUCCCUGUUCCUUUAGCAUCAAGUCUGGUUUCCUCUGGAGAGGCUCACUUCUGUGCAAGAUGUGCCCAGAAGUCCCCGUGUUGCUGGAGAACAUCUGCCCUCCAACCCAACGCCAUCACAGAAUCCUCGUCCUCUGAGGCAGGCAGCCUUGGAGAAGCAGAGGCAGGGCUACCUUUUUCAACCCUUCAAAACAGAUCGCCUGACAGAAAGGGAAAAGCUGUUUUAACUCCGAUCCAGAAGAAGCUGGCUGUGUUGCUGUGUUGUCAGAGCAGCAGCCCUUUCUCCCCAUCUGCUGGCUUAGCCGUGGGCAAGAGCCUGCUGCCUUCAAGAAGGGCCGAGGCCUGGCUUGGGAGCAGUGGACAGAACAGUGCUUGUCUCAGCUACCUGUGUUUUCAUAUCACCUAUCCAUGCCACACACACACACACACACACACACAACACACACCUGUGACCUCAUCGCGGUCUUCUCUCUACUCGGUGCUCCUGGGCAGAACUGAAUUUCAAGCCCAGAAGUGGUGUGGCUUCCUGCCUCUAGUCCAGCCUGGUGUGGUUCUUCAGUAUGCCCUGACGGUGGUCACAUGGAGACAUCCAUAGCCUGCCAUUCAUUUGGGAUUUUAAUUUUUUUUUUUACAACACAUAGGGACAGACUUCUCAUUGCGUGGAACAAACUGUGAAGGGAAAAAAAAAAAAAAAAAAAGAUCAUGACUGAACCUCACAAAGAAGAACAACCCAAAAUUCCAGGUGGAGGUUGUAUCUGGAGAAACUUGGUGUCUGUGUGCCGCGUGUCCCUGCCAUAGACAGCUGUGCUCAUAAUGGCCCUCAGAGAGCAGAUCUUAGCAUAACACAUAGUGGUCACGUCUCCCGAGCGAGCACGGGUGUGUGCCUUCCAAGGGACUGCCUGAUUUGUGAUGGUCGGAUAGCGUUGGUCCCAGGCAUAGGCCCAAAGAAGUUGCCUUCUCAACACCAUCUGAAGGUUCUCCGUGGUGUAACAGGAUCCGGAAGGUUGAAGAGUCUUGAAUCCUCCCAUCCAGCUUCUCCAUUGGUGCUGACAUUCUGCUUAUACCCAUCCAGCCAGGAAGCAGUCCACACUUGGCUACCUCCAGGGACAGAGAGUUCACUACCUCUUGGGGAAGACUGUUCAGUCAUUAGCUUCUGGCUUUUCCGCGCUCUCUGUAAUUUGCCAGGACUGGGUCCUUUGCUCAAAGAGCGACCCAUAGCCCCCACACAUUGUAUCUUUCUUCCAGAAGGAAACAGCGGGAUACAAUGUGUUGUUUUCACCCGGCUUACCCUAAGUAUCGGUCUUGGGAAACGUUGGAGAAACCCCUCAGCCCUUGCUCAGUCAUGCCAAAGUUGCCAGCAAGGCACCAGCAUGCUAACAAGACUCCUAAGUCAACGGAGGCCCUAGCCCCAUGCUGGCCGGCCGCACAGAGCUCGUGGUGUCUCUGAGGAGAAACUUCAGCUGGAGGAUUUUAAGCAGCACAAGGCUUUGCCUGGAGUCUAAGGACCCGAGGUUGCUGAGGGCUCAUGCCUUCAGGUGGACGUCACCAGGAACGCCAUGUCUCAGUAUCAGAGGCAUGCCAGCCCCUCAGAGUCACCCAAGGUUGCCAUCCCAUCAUGUCUUUUCUUUAGUGAAUCAGGGAAACAAAAGUCCCGAGGGAUUUGCCAAGGUCACAUGUCAGUGAGGGGCCUUUGCAAAUGCUCCUCAGUCAUUUGCACUCUCUUCAGUCAUCUGCAGGGUGAUCUAAGGUAAGCUGCCCUGGCACAUGCUAGAGCCUGUCACUAGGAGCCCCUCCAGGGCAGCUGGGCUCCUGGGGAUGAACCGACCUGCAGAACUCUAGGAGAAACGAGGUGAGGAUAGGGCCUGCUAAGCUUAGUAAGAUGACUGGCCAAGGAGCAGACAAGCUGUCUGUAAAACCCCAGUGGGCAUGCCCACCACAGCCCCUAGCCACCCAGGAUAGCUCGCUCUAAAUGUAGCCCAGCAUAGAAUCACAAGUUAUGUGAAGCAUUAUGAGAUUUAUUUCACCGUUUUUUAAAACUCGGCUGUGGUGUUCUCGAACAUGAACUUUUGUUGGUAAGAAUUAGGCCCAGAGAUGUCAAAGGCGGACCAACACCUUAGAAAGAGGGCUCCGUCCGUGUUCUCUGCCUUUCACCCUGUCUCUGAGGCUGGGUGAAGGCCCUGGCUCUGGGUUCCUACAGAACCAAUCAGUCAGACUGAAGGGGGAACGAGCUCAUGCACUGGGGAGCACGGGUCUUUGGGGGUGCCUUUCCUUUAUUUCAUUGGAUUGCAGACUGCUUCCAAGUUUAUGGUCGGUAAAAGUCACUGUGAUAUUAAGGGGGGCAGAGUGGGCCUGGGGCUCGGUGUGGAGCAUCUCCGGUGACUUCCCCCUCCUGGCAUAUCUGAACAAAGCCCCCUUCUGCUUGCUGUCACGUGCCGUCCUUCCCUGCUUUCUGUUGCCUGUGAUGCUGACUGGAGUGUAUUGGGGGAAUGGGAUUUGUCCGCUUUGUAACUGCCUUAUUGAAAAGUAAGUGCCCUUCCAUCCCAGGCCUCCAACUGUAUUUGUUCUCCUGCCAAACUUGGGAGGAAUGGGUCACUUGUAUUUUGAUUUUGUGCCUGUGGCUCUGUACUGUUGAAGGUCUCGAUUCUCUGGACUCUCCUUGGCAUAUAUGCGACUCCCGUCGCAGCGUCACACAGACAGGAUGGCCCGACCUUUAAUUCUCAAUAAAUGAUCUGAACGAGCAAGAGACAUA